UUGCUUCUCGCAGAGCCUCCAAUGUUCCCAACAGUCAGCCCUUUGGAAAACCCUUCACCCACGUCCUACCGGUGCCAACACUGGCAGGGAGAUAGCCAAAUAAUCCAAUGCAGCGCCCCAAGUCCCCAGUUCAUUACCAGACCUUCCCCACUACACCCCCGGCUUCUCGAGGUGCUCAUGUCGGCGGCAAUAGUGGGCCCCCGGAAAGCUCUCUAGAGUCCCCCAGUGAUGACCGCAGCAGUGUGAGCAAAGCCUCUGCGGGCACCAGUGGCAAGGCAGGUGGAGGCAGAGGUAACAGCGAUGAUAUCCAGUCCACGAUACCGAAAAAGCAGCUUCUCACACUUGCUAUCAUCUCGCUUGCUGAACAGACCGCAUUGAACAGCAUAUCGCCCUAUCUUCCGGAGAUGACGGGGGCGUUCCCCGAAGUAGAUCAGCGAAGGGUCGGGUUGUAUGUUGGGAUUGUCGCGAGCUCGUUUGCUACAGCUCAGUUCGCGACGAAUUUCUUCUGGGGAAGGCUGAGUGAUCGAAUUGGACGGAAACCCGUUAUCCUCUUUGGAACGCUGGCUACUGCAGCGUGUUUCAUGGCUUUCGGGUUUUGUAGGACUCUUUGGCAGGCGAUAGUGGUGCAGGCUAUCAUGGGGCUGGUCAACGGCAAUGCUGGUAUUGUCUCGACUAUUCUGGGGGAAAUAACCGAUAAAUCGAACCAGCCUUCAACUUUUAAAUAUCUUCCGGUGAUGUAUGGAAUUGGCGGUAUAACUGGACCGUUGAUUGGUGGCGUCCUCGCACAUCCUGUUACUAGCGAACCAUCUGGCCCUAUCACUAAAUUGUUUGGGAAAAAUCCAUAUCUUCUCCCCAAUGCUGUUUCUGCCGGAGUUCUAUUGUUAGAUUUGCUAUUCGCCACCUUCCUACUUGACGAGAGCCUACAGGAAGCGAGGAAGCUCCCUCCACUUGGAGAACGUGUAAAGAACCUAUUUGUUUGGCUCUGGGAAUUUACUUCCAGCUCGCGGCCAAGUUACAUUCGUGUUUCCCAAAGCCACCGAGAUGAGUCUGAUGACGAAGGAGAAGGAGCGCAGGAUUCACCCCCACACCCGACGGACUGUUCUGGCUUGCCUUCCCCACCACCUCUCUUUCCCGAGGCUACUGCUCCCGUGCCCUACAGCUCUAUCUUAACUCCGCCAAUUAUCGUCUUCCUAAUAACAUACGCUAUCUUCAACCUAUCCAACACCUCCUACAACUCCCUAUACCCAAUCUUCCUCUCAAGUCCACCACCCACCGGACGCGGGCUUUCACCGAAGGAAUUAGGACUCUCACUCUCUUUCGCUGGCGUAGUCACCAUAAUCUUUGAGCUACUUUUGUUCGGCCCUCUUCAAUCACACUUGGGAAAUCUCUGGGGAUACCGCUUUGCCCUCGCCGGAUUCGUAGCUGCAUUCUGUGCAACGCCCUUCGUGGGCUACAUUGACCCGGCAAACGAGCGGAGCACUAAAGCAUGGUUAUGGAUUGAGCUGUGUUCCAUCCUGCUAUUGAAGACCGUAGCCGCUGUCGUGGGUCUCACAUGUGCGUUGCUGUUGAUAACUAAUGCAUCCCCGAAAUCCUCGACUCUCGGAACCCUGAACGGACUAGCGCAAACAUUGAACGCUGGCGGAAGGGCAAUUGGUCCAUUGAUUAGCGGCGGGCUGUUCACACUCGGCGCUGGACUACCGAAUAGAGGGGAAUUGUUGGCAUGGGGGGUGUUUGGCGGGGUUUCUGGGAUCGGAUUGGGACUUAGCCUUCGGGGUGUUGGCGGGGAAAGAUCUCUGGAUGGAGAGGGGGGAGAAGAGGGGAAUUUCGAAGGUGGCGCGGAAAUGCAAUAGAGUCUCAGAGAGUUUG